GAGAGAGAGAGAGAGAGAAAGAGAAAGAGAAAGAGAGAGAAAGAAGCCAAGAUGCCGGGUGGGUUUAUUUGGCAGCUGGUGUCGACGUACAUGCCGUCUUCCGAGGACCUUGACGCAGAGGCCGCCAAGCGCGGGUACGCCGGCCACCAGAACCGGUUGGCGCUCGUCGAAGACUUUGGGAGGCCUUCCAAGACCGCGGGCAACAUGCGACACAAGCUUCUAUCCGGGAGGCUGAAGAGGGGUUACAACCCCGUCUACUGGAACGACAGCGUCGCCGUGGGCACCGUGGCGUCGGAGCGAAACACCAUCGACACGUGCAUCUUCUGGAUGGAGCAGGAAAAGCUCCGGCAGGAGGGGAAGCCGCACGUCUACGUGGACGCGCAGGGAGAGGUUUAAUUGUCUUACUGUUUUCGUGGCUCUACGUAUGAGCAGCAAUUAUGUUUGGUCGGUUGUGUGGUUGUGUAGUAGCGCCAUCACGAGCUUCUCGGGAAGUGGAGGAUAGCGCGAGAGAAGAUUGAGAUGGACCCCUGAAGGCUGGGGGUCUUCAGUCUCCAGUGGCUCUUCGAGUCUCAGCUACCCUGCAGUUGGCCGUCAAGUCUGAGACUACCCUGUGUCAUGAUCGAAGUGUGCACGUCUGGACUGUUGGUUUACGGCGAACACAUGGGGGUCUAUUCGAUGGAGGGGCGGCGAAAUAGCAAAGCACGCAAUACACCACCGCUGUCGUCGUCGUCGUCGUCGUUGUCGCUGUUCGCUAUUAAGACAAGAUACGUCGACUUCUAUGCUUGGUUUUUGUGGUCCUGCAAUCCGUGUGUAGAUCCCUGCCCCCACCGUCAGCCAACCAUAACACUGGAAUGUACUAAAGGAUUUCCACGCAAAGCAAGCUCACGGAGGGUCGGAAUCGUAGCCUGACUGAUGUGUGAGGUUGCUCGUUGACGUCUCUGUGCGAAGAAACCAAGUCUCUGGGGCGGUGACUUGGUUACCAAGCGGCUGACCAAACCGCUGGCACGACCACGGCACAGCUGCUCCAAAGGGACGGGAUGCCGGGAAACCCUCAAGCAAGCAAUCAUUGACCUGUGUGGAUGCGUUCUUUUCUUCACCAAAUUCGGGGGGGGG